AUGACAUCGCUAACGUUUGUUUUCUACCUGACAUGUUUGUUCUUGUGGGGAAAGGCUCAGGAGACACAUCAGUCCUCCUCUGUUCAUCAAGAGACUGGUUUCAGAUCAGUAAAUGUUGGUGAAAGUAUACUUUUGCGAUGUUUCUAUGAAAAAAAUGACAAAGCAUGGCUUUACUGGUAUAAGCAAACUCUGGGACAGAAACCAAAGCUCAUCUUUUCAUUCUACAUCCGUGGUAAAACUUGGACAUUUUAUGAUGAAUUCGAAAACAACUCCCGCAUCACAUUAAAUAUUGGAAAUGGUAAAAACCACUUAAUUAUUUCAGAUUUGCGUAUUUCAGACUCAGCUACAUAUUAUUGUGCAAGUAGCUCUUUAGAAAUACUUGAAUUUGCAGAAGGCGUUACAGUCAGUGUAAAAGGUUCAGGUUUGAAUAUUACCAGUUCAGUUCAUCAGUCUUCAUCUCAGACCGUCCAGCUAGGAGACUCUGUGACUCUGAACUGUACAGUACACACUGGGACCUGUGAUGGAGAACACAGACUUUACUGGUUUAAAGACUCUGAAGAAUCUCAUCCAGGACUAAUUUACACUCAUGGAGGCAGGAAUGAUCACUGUGAGAGGAAAAAUAACACAAAAACACAAACCUGUGUGUACAACCUGCCAAUGGAGAACAUGACUCUGUCUCAUAAUGGGAUCUACAACUGUGCUGUUGCCUCAUGUGGACACAUACUGUUUGGAAAUGGGACCAAGCUGGAGUUGAAGAAUGAGGAGGUUUCUCUUGUCUUGGUGUAUUUCUUGAGUGGUGCUUUGGCGUUCACCACUAUCCUGACACUUUCACUGGCUGCCUUACUGUACACACACAAGAGAAAAGGCCAGAAAGUUACAGAGUCUCAUGAAAGAUUUUCGGCUUCAUACCCAAUGAACUCAGAGCGUUUCCCGGCUGAAGAAAACCUCCAUUACGCUGCUUUAAGGGUAAAGAAGGCCAAUCGAUCCAGAAGUCAAAGAGAUGAUACAGAGACAACAUGUAUCUACUCUGGUGUGAGGAAAUAAAACAUAUCAUGUUUUAACUUCGAAUAGUUCUGUAAAUAGUUGCUAUAAACUAAACAAAAAUAAAAAAUUCUUCCCGAUUGGUUUUGAUGACAAGCAGAAGUUUGUCAUGACACUUGUUAUCAUGAUUUUGGCAGUUUUUACUGGGAUUAAAGGUACAAACUUUACAACAUCAAAAGUCCACCAUUGCGAUAAAGUAUCAGUAUACUAGAAUUGUCCCUUUGUAUUGAUUUUCUUUUCAUACUGUAUAGCAGAUCCUGAUUUGCACCAAAGUUUAACUCUGUAGAAG